UGGCAACCUCCACUUACCUGAGCUACGGUAUGAUGCAGCACCUAAGCUCCCUGCUCUCUUUCAUACUGUACAGGUGCCUAGCUGACGAAUAACAUUCAGCUACAGGCGCGUCUCUUCCUCAACAAAUUCAAAAAGAUUGGGUUACAAUAUGAGAUAACGCGAGAUGGACACACUUCACGCCAGAGCUGACUGGGAGAGUGUCGGGGACAGAUGGUUCCGCAAGACACAGCAGUAUACAGCUGUGUUUGACCAAGAUCUCGACUUGGAUAAUUAUAUCGUUGCGGGAGCUCCAUAUGCAGGAGCACUAGCACUAUGGCGCGACGACACAAAGCUUCUGGCAUAUCAACCAGGAAGAUCAGCAAAACCAGCAAUUGACAUCUACAGUCUUGCCGGUAAGAAACUCCGAAGUAUCCCCUGGGAUAAUGGUACCAUUAAAGGCCUUGGGUGGUCUGAAGACGAGACUCUACUCGUUGUUACCACUGACGGUACGGUCCGCUGUUAUGAUCUGCAAGGAGAUUUUACACAAUUCUCCCUUGGCCAUGGUGCCGAUAACUACAGCGUCGAGUCAUGUCGUUUCUACGACCAUGGCAUGGUAGCACUACUUGGAAACAACUCACUCGUCACAGUCUCAUCAUAUACUGAACCCCGACCCAAAGCUCUUGCUAAGAUACCGGAAAGCGAGAUCCACGCUUGGUCAAUUAUUUCACCAAACCACACAUUAUCUAGGUCUGUCGAGGUACUAUUAAGCGUCGAUAAGACUGUAUACGUCGUCGAUGCUACUGAUUGCGAAGACCGUUUCCUCGAUAUUGGGCCUUUCAGCCAUAUUAGUGUAUCUCCGGAUGGUCGCUACGUCAAUCUUUAUGCUGUGAAUGGGAAAGCUCAUGUCAUAUCAAGUGACUUCCAAGAACGGCUAUUCGAACACGAUUCUGACUCUCAAACACCUCCUCUAUAUGUUGAAUGGUGCGGGUCCGAUGCCCUCAUUGCCUGGGAGGAUGAGGUGCAUAUUAUCGGACCUGGCGACUCUUCAUCUUCAUAUAUAUACGAUAGCACACGCGUACAUGUCAUUUCUGAACACGAUGGUGCCCGACUAAUUACAAAUGACUUUUGCGAGUUCCUUGAAAGAGUGCCUAGAGACACUCUCGAAGUCUUUGGCCAGUCUUCAGAUUCAUCACCUGCUUCGAUUCUUCUCGACGCUGUAGGCCAACUGGAGCUUGAGUCUCCAAAAGCAGAUGAUUACAUCCAACUAAUACGACCUAAUCUUACCGGGGCUGUGGACACUUGUGUCAAUGCAGCUGGGCGCGAAUUUGAUACCCACUGGCAGAAACGUUUACUCAAAGCAGCUUCAUUUGGCAAAUCUGUACUCGAUAUAUAUAACAGUGACGACUUUGUUGACAUGUGCGAGACUCUACGCGUGCUCAACGCUGUGCGAUAUUAUGAAGUUGGCAUGCCACUGUCUUUUGAACAGUAUCACCGCUUGACACCAGAGAGCCUCAUUCGACGAUUGCUCAACCGACACGAGUAUCUUCUUGCCUUGAAGAUUGCAGGCUAUCUGAAGUUACCAACAGAUCGAAUCUAUGUACACUGGGCGUCUAGCAAGGUCCGUGUAGGUGGCGAGGAUGACGAUACCAUCUGCCGGUUGAUCGUGGAGAGACUAUCUGGCAAGCCUGGAAUUUCCUUCGAGGAGAUCGCUCGUGCAGCAUAUCAAGAAGGAAGGGGCCGACUUGCUACUGAACUUCUCAACCAUGAGCCUCGUGGGGGUAGACAGGUUCCUCUUCUCUUGAGUAUGGAGGAGGACGAGCUUGCUCUCGACAAAGCUGUUGAGAGCGGUGACACAGACUUAAUACUGUCAGUUUUGUUGCAGCUCAAGAAGAAGUUGCCCCUCGCCGCUUUCUUCAGGGUCAUCAAUGCACGACCGACAGCAACAGCACUGGUGGAAGCUUUGGCCAUGGAAGAGGGUGACAAUACGCUGCUAAAGGACCUGUAUUAUCAAGAUGACCGACGAGAAGAUGGUGCCAACGUUUUUAUCCGCGAAUCAUUGAAACAACCUGAUGCUCGAACAGCGUCUGACAAAUUGGCACUGGCAGCAAAGCUAUUAGCUGAUUCAAAGGAGUCUACGUUCGAGGUUCAUGCGUUGAAGGAGGCUACGACACUUCUGCGCAUGCAGGAAGCUUUCGACCGGGAUUUGACUGACACUUUUACUGGCCUGAGCGUCAAUGAAACCAUGUUUAAGCUUAUUCGACUGGGCUACCACGGACGGGCUAAGAAGAUCCAGAGCGAGUUCAAAGUCCCCGAGAAAGUGGCGUGGUGGAUUCGAUUACGAGCACUAGUUGCGAAGCGAGACUGGAACGAGAUCGAGGAGAUCUCCAAGACAAGGAGAAGCCCCAUUGGUUGGGAGCCCUUCUUCAACCUCACGCUUCAAGCAGGUAACCCACGGUUAGCAUCUGUAUUUGUACCCAAAUGCACAUCAGUAGAAGCUGGAGAGACGAUCACCAUGUAUGAGAAAUGUGGGAUGCGGGUGAAGGCCGCGCAAGAAGCCGUGAGACUCAAGGACAGUGAGUCUUGGGAGAGGCUCUUGGAGGCUGCAGGAAAGGGGUCACAAGAGGGAAGAGAGAUCGAGCGUCUGGGCCAAUCCGUAUUCAAGAAGUAGAGCCAGCUCUGCUGUAAUUUCUUAGAGGCACAUAUAACUCGUUUCACCGUACUUUCAUAGCAAGAAUAUCCACAGGCAUGAAGCAGCCACGAUGAUCGAUUAUGACUCUCGUCAAGUUACACUAUGAUACGAUCAGAACCGCGUUCAACGCCAUGCAGCUAUGAACCAAGCCAUCUACUGCAGUGGCUGC